AUGGCCGGCGCUGGACUUUUGUGGCCCACUUGCAAUGAUCGGAUCGGGACCAAACUCUGCAGGGCUGUUGCACUUGGAUUGAGGGCCAUUGGGUCCGAGUUUCAGCCCGAUCGGAUCGUCGGCUCCCGAGGUAUGUGGGUCGUCUUCCGAUCUUCAAGCUCCCAGACUAGAAUCAGUUUGAACAGCGAGGCCCAUAAAUCUAGCGCUUGCUCUGUGAUCUGCAGAGGAAAACCGAAAAGUUUGGCGUCCCGCUCGCAUAGCGAAUGACAAUCCCAGAUGUUAUUAUCACAAAAAAUGCAAUUCCAAGACUUUGACAACGCAAUGAAACACGAGAUGGCGACAACGCCGACAAAUGAGCUCAACUGCAUCGGCGCGUGUCGAUUCGAGGAAGCAUGUGCGUUCCUCAUUUGGGAUCCCGUCACAAAGUUCUGUCACAUGAUGAAGAAGAGUCGGUUUACGCAAGUGUUUCCGAAGGGCGACAUGCAUCUUCAUAUGCGGGUGAGCAUAGAGUUUGAGUAGUGAAUGCCCCACGACGGGAUCUUCAGAUUACGAACCAGAAGUGCUACUUUGAGAUGGAUGAGCUGCAGAAACAGUUGAACGCGGGAAACGAUGUGAGCAACGAAUACGGAUUCUCCCGGUCGACUCAUGUCGUUCCCGUCGGCGGCGGCUAUGAGAUUAAGUUCUGGUAG